CCGGGUCGCGGCCACUUGGAGCCCGUAUCUGGUUGACUUUUUGGCUGCCGCGUCGCAGACCGGCCCCCUCCGCCCGCGCAGGUGUCCGGCGCGCUUUUCUCCCUCCGCCGCGCCUCUCGGCUUGCCUCGCGGUCUCCGACCCCGGGUCGCCAGGGCUCGCCGCUGCUUCGGGAGGAAAAAUGAAUGGGAGGGCUGAUUUUCGAGAGCCGGACACAGAAGUUCCAAGACCAAUUCCCCACAUAGGGGCUGAUUACAUUCCAACUGAGGAAGAAAGAAGAGUCUUCGCAGAAUGCAAUGAUGAAAGCUUCUGGUUCAGAUCUGUGCCUUUGGCUGCCACAAGUAUGUUGAUUACUCAAGGAUUAAUUAGUAAAGGAAUCCUUUCAAGUCAUCCCAAAUAUGGUUCCAUCCCUAAACUUAUAUUUGCCUGCAUCAUGGGAUACUUUGCUGGAAAACUUUCUUACGUGAAAACUUGCCAAGAGAAGUUUAAGAAUCUUGAAAAUUCCCCUCUUGGAGAAGCUUUACGAUCAGGACAAGCACGGCGAUCUGCACCACCUGGUUGUAGGAAUAAAAGACCUGAGCCCACCCCAGAAGAAAGUCCCAAAAGAAAAAAUAUUACAUAUGAGGAAUUAAGGAAUAAGAACAGAGAGUCAUAUGAAGUAACUUUAACACAAAAGACUGACCCCUCAGUCAGGCCUAUGCCAAAAAAAGAAGUAAAAGUAAACAAAUAUGGAGAUACAUGGGAUGAGUGAAAAAUUACAUCUUUGGAUCUGCUGAAGGAGUUCAAUAUCCAGCUUCAUCUAGGUGGUCAUGAAUACCUGCAUGCCUUGAGCUCAGCAGCAGUCAUCAUAAACACAUUUAAAACUAAAUCCCAGGUUUUUGUGGUUUGACUUACAUUUUUAAAAACACAGAUUUCAGUGUUUAAAUUGUAUAAAUGUAUUGACUUUGGGGAACUCUGAAUGAUGGUAUUAUACCAUGAUUGUGUAUAGUUAGAAAUUGUUUUCGGUUACAAGGCAAGGAUACUCAUGAAAGUAUUGAGACUGUGAUGCUCUUCAAUCAGCGUAUAUGGAGAUAAAUGAAAUCUGCAUGCCAAAUUGGGAUGGGUUGGGGGGCAAGCAUAAUUUCAAGUGUUUAGCUUUAUGUCAAGUUAUUAAGCCUUUUUCAUUUGCUGUGUUUAGUGUUUAUGGUAAAUAAAAUGUAAAGGAACAUACA